AUGCGCCUAUACAUUUACUAUCAAAUAUUUGACAAACUCAACCCCAUCACAUAUCGGGUCUACCUCUACGGAACCAUCACAUACAUCGCCAUCAUUGCAGUUUACAGCAUCCCUACAACAAUACUUCAGCACCAGCUCUCAGUCGAAUACGAUUACACACACAGGGUCUGUCACUACGGCCUGGUGUUCACCGAAAUGGCAUUUACACUUGCCUGGGUCGGGUGCAUAAGUGUCCUAAUAUUGGCCUUUCUUGUGCGGCAUAUCAACACGUCAUUCAACGAGUAUCGCGAAAUGCUGCUAAUCUGCCUGUUGUGCCUUGUCACUCUUGUUUACCAGACAAUCCUGCACAACAUUUUUCGCAAAUACAUUAUUUCUCGCUGGGCGAGGUUGACAACGGUUUUUCUCGAAUAUUUGUCUUGCCAGACUUCGUUGUUUAUCUUGUUGGGAACGCCCGCGUACAACUGCCUUUUCCAUAGGGAGAAGUACAAGGAGAAGUGGUUUGCAAAGAUGAGGGCUGACAACUUGGUUUCGAAAUACGGGUUUGACGUGGACACGCCAUACACGGGCGCAUCGGACCUCCAAGUGUCAGGGACAACUGCCGUUUAG